GCGGCGCCCCCGGGGCCCUCCCGCCCGCCGCCUUCGCGUUCCGGCGACGCUUAAGGGCGCCCGGCCGCGCGCUGCAUUGUGGGAGCGGCCGGGCCCCGCGCUCGGGAGGAGGCGGAGGGCGCCGCGCGCACCGGGGGUCCGUGAAGAACCCAGCCAGCUUGGAGAGGGCGGGGAGGCGGCGUGCGCCCCAGAACCAUGUCUACACGGGAGUCCUUUAACCCCGAAAGUUACGAAUUGGACAAGAGCUUCCGGCUGACCCGGUUCACGGAACUCAAGGGCACGGGCUGCAAAGUGCCCCAGGACGUGCUGCAGAAGCUUCUGGAGUCCCUGCAGGAAAACCACUUCCAGGAAGAUGAGCAGUUCCUGGGCGCCGUUAUGCCCAGGCUUGGCAUCGGCAUGGACACGUGUGUCAUUCCCCUGCGGCACGGCGGCCUGUCCCUGGUGCAGACCACCGACUAUAUCUACCCCAUCGUCGACGACCCCUACAUGAUGGGCAGGAUCGCCUGCGCCAACGUCCUCAGCGACCUCUACGCCAUGGGGGUGACCGAGUGUGACAACAUGCUGAUGCUGCUGGGGGUCAGCAACAAGAUGACGGACAGGGAAAGGGAUAAAGUGAUACCCCUAAUUAUACAGGGCUUCAAAGAUGCAGCCGAGGAGGCAGGGACGUCUGUGACGGGCGGCCAGACCGUGCUGAACCCCUGGAUUGUCCUGGGCGGAGUGGCCACCACGGUCUGCCAACCCAAUGAGUUCAUCAUGCCAGACAACGCCGUGCCGGGGGACGUGCUCGUGCUGACUAAACCCCUGGGGACGCAAGUGGCCGUAGCCGUGCAUCAGUGGCUGGACAUUCCUGAGAAGUGGAAUAAAAUCAAGUUGGUGGUCACGCAGGAGGAUGUGGAGCUGGCGUAUCAGGAGGCCAUGAUGAAUAUGGCCAGGCUCAACAGGACAGCCGCAGGCCUCAUGCACACGUUCAACGCCCACGCGGCCACGGACAUCACGGGCUUCGGCAUCCUGGGCCACGCGCAGAACCUGGCCAGGCAGCAGCGCAAUGAGGUGUCCUUCGUCAUCCACAACCUGCCCGUGCUGGCCAAGAUGGCAGCCGUGAGCAAGGCCUGCGGCAACAUGUUCGGCCUCAUGCACGGCACCUGCCCCGAGACCUCAGGAGGGCUCCUGAUCUGCCUCCCUCGAGAGCAGGCCGCCCGCUUCUGUGCGGAGAUCAAGUCGCCCAAGUACGGGGAGGGCCAUCAGGCCUGGAUCAUCGGCAUCGUGGAGAAGGGCAACCGCACGGCCCGGAUCAUAGACAAGCCCCGGAUCAUCGAGGUCGCCCCCCAGGUGGCCACGCAGAACGUCAACCCCACGCCCGGCGCCACCUCCUAAUCGAGACCCGCGUCUCCGCUCAGUUUGGUUUCUAGAUCCGUUUUCUCUCG